CGUAACGUUACCAGUGUCUGGCAAAGAUGCAGAGCGGUAAUGUUUAAAUUCUCGAAUCUUGAUAAUGUUGGAUCUAAAACAAUAAAAGAAGAAAAAACUGAGGAAUUGCCAUGUGAAAAGUAUCCAAUCAUAUCCAAUGGCAGACGAUUUAAAAAAGAUUCUCGUAAAUGGCUUCACAAGUCAACUAACAAUAAUGAGCCAGACGAAGGUUUAGACACUACAGAAAAAGCACUUGAAGCAAGCGUUGAACGAAAUGAUGUAUACGACAGCUGUAAUGGGACAAACAAUCGCAAGUCUGUAUCAUUUCUAAAGUCAUUUCUGGAGAUGGACUAUCCAAAAGAUACACUGACUAAACCAAUUAAAAGUUGCAUACGAAACGUAGAAGAAAAUGCUCAUGGUCCGGAGAUGUUCAGGCGUAAAAAUAAACGAAGACUGGUUUCUCCAUCAACCGGAAAACAACAAAUAGUCCGCUUCAACGAUUCCGUGGAAUAUAAACUAAGACAUUUUAUACAAAUGAGUCAUAGUUUCAGAACGGUCCCACAAUCAGAAAAUUCGUCUUGUCAUAGUACCAAUGGGGAUAGUAACGGUGGUGGUUCUAACUUUACAGAUGCCGAAUAUACAGGCACCAAUACCAUAACUAACUUAGCAUGGAAUAGUGAGGAUAACAGUAUUUGGAGGCAAGGAAAAUGCGUUUCAUCAGAUGGAUCAACUACACCAACGGCCUCCGCAAGUUCGUCUCCUCCAUGUAUUCCAAUAAAGAGAUCGAAAACGCAUGAAGUAAUUACAGAAUACAGUGACAACAGCAGAUCAUCUUGGGAUUCUACACCGAGUGUCCAUGAUUCACUAUCAGAUUUAGACAUUACACCAUGUGGCUCACCAUGGGCUUCCCUCUCAUUAGAGGAUAGUAUAUUACUCAACUGUUCAGUGGAGUCAUCGAGAGAAAAUGCCUCUAGCAGUAAUAACAAGAGUAUAUAAAAUUUAUAUAAAAUAUGUAAUUGUCUUUUGAGAGUAAGAAAAAUCAUGUGUUAGGAUGAAUUGUGAAACAAAAAUGUUUUGAUAUAAUUAUGUUUAUUUUUUAUGUUCAUUUGUUCACGAUAUGUUAGUAUGAACAAAAUUGAUGGUAAAAGUGUGUAUGUUUAUUUGUACAUGUAUCAUUUAUUUCAAUGUUUAUGGCCUGAAAUGAAGGACAUGUAAACAUGUAACACUGUGUGUGUGAUACAACUCUGCUGAUGGCAUAGCAUUUGUACAAUUGAUUUGUUAUAUUUACAUGUGUGUAUGUUUGUAUGUGAGUAUGUUAGUUGCAUGAUAACAUUUUGUGACAUAUGGAUUUCAUUUGUACAAAAUAAAGUUUUUUAUCAUUUUAGCAAACUUUUAGUAAGUAUUAUGUGUAUCAGUACUAACAUCGUUUUGAAAUUAUUUUUUUCUUUAUGUAAAAAUGAGUUUCAAUUUAUGACAACUUACAUUUGGGGGGAAAUCUCUCUUUUUUGUGUUAGUAAGAGGCUAUCUUUUCUUUAAAACGUAUAAUCCUUUUCUGUAUAUAUUUUCUUUUCUAAUAUAUCUCAAUUGCAAGGAAUUUAACGCACACAAAAAAUCCAACAUAAAAAAUGGCAUCAUUAGUUAUAUUUGACUUUUUCAAAGACUACGUACAAGAUUUAUUUUUUGAAUUAAUUUUUCUAAAAAUCCAUGCACAUUCUGUAAAGUGUAUGUAAAAUCAGUGAAAUUCUAUAUGUAUAUACUUGCUUCCAUUUAUUUGUUGUGUUUUAGUAAUUUGCAGUGGUCGGUUUCUUUUAUUAUGCAUAUUAUAUCAUUUUUGUAUACAUAUUCUAUUUUAAUUGAAUUGUUUAUGUAUGCAGGUUUAAAAUUACUACCCAUUAAUAAAUGUUUCUCUCA